UUGCAAUGGCUGCCGUGAUGUGAGGGAUGCGCUAGUCCCAGACGCCGACUAUAACCGUUAAUAUCGUGUAUUAUUCGCAUAGAGUCUCACCGACGACUAUCGCUGCUGCUCACGCCAUGGCUCCAAAAAAAGGAGACCUAACCGAGGAGGAGAAGGAGCUGAUCGGAGUCAUAGCAAAAGGUACCAUCCAGGAAGCAGGAAGGCUUUUGGGCAGUAAGGAUGUCCGUGUCAAUUGUGUGGAUGAGCAUGGGAUGACUCCGCUGAUGCACGCCGCAUACAAAGGCAAAGCCGAUAUGUGUAAACUAUUGUUGCAACACGGAGCGGACGUGAAUUGUAAUGAGCACGAGCAUGGAUACACGGCCCUGAUGUUCGCUGGUCUUUCAGGUAAGAAAGACAUUGUUUGGAUGAUGUUAGAGGCUGGCGCAGACACCGAUGCCGUAAAUUCUGUUGGAAGAACAGCCGCGCAAAUGGCUGCUUUUGUAGGCCAGCACGACUGUGUGACUGUAAUCAACAAUUUUUACCCUCGGGACAAAUUGGACUAUUAUACCAAACCACAAGGAUUAAACAAAGAAGCCAAGCUACCUGUAAAGCUGGCUGGUCCUUUAUACAAAAUUAUUACGACUACAAACCUCCAUCCGGUCAAGAUUGUGUUUCUGGUAAAAGAGAACCCGCUCUUGAUGGAAGCCGACGCGCUCAAGAAAUGCAGCACCGUGUUGGAUCUCAUUUGUGAAAAAUGCAUGAAACAGCAAGACAUGAAUGAAGUCUUGGCCAUGAAAAUGCACUACCUUAGUUGUGUGCUCCAGAAGUGCGCUACCUAUUUACAGGAUCAGGAAGACAAAUUGGACACGUUUGUCAAAAGUUUAUUAAAAGGCAGGGAGACCGACUGCUUCCCGGUGUUCCAAGAAAAGUUCAUCAGAGAAAGCAUCCGGAAGUUCCCUUACUGCGAAGCCACGUUAUUACAGCAGCUUGUGAGAAGCAUCGCUCCCGUUGAAAUCGGCUGUGACCCCACUGCCUUCUCCGUCCUGACGCAAGCCAUAACUGGCCAGAUGGGCUUUGUGGAUGCAGAAUUCUGUACGACCUGUGGGGAAAAGGGUGCCGAUAAACGAUGUUCUGUGUGCAAACUGGUGAUCUACUGUGAUCAAAACUGCCAAAAACUGCACUGGUUCGCACACAAGAAAAUGUGUAAAAUACUGAAGGAGAAGAGAGAGGCGCAGGAGCUGGAGGCUGCCAAGGAACAAAAGAGACAAGAGAAACUUAAGCAAGAAAAAGAAAAGGACGCGGCUUCUGAAGGCUCUCCUAGCCGUGACGCAGAAACCGCCAGUGAAGCCGUGACGGGUGCCUCACCCGCUAAUCAAGAGGACCGUGAAGAAACCAAAGCGCCUUCCUCCAGCUCUCCUCUAGCAGAUGACCUUCCUACUGAGACGAGUCUCCCACAAGGACCCAAUGAGUCCGAGGAGUGAUAAAGAACCUGCAUAAAGCCGCUAAUUUCUGUAUUUGUUACAUAUGCUAAGAUAUGUGCAUACAACUUGCCACCACAAU